AUGGGCAUCCUACUCUUUUGCACGGCUGAAGAAGCCAAAUUGGUCGUUCCUGAAAUCUUGGCGACGGAGCAGUCGCAAGGCAUCGAUCUCUACGUCCUUGCGCAGUAUCGCAAUCCUGACCAAGCUCGACAAAACAGUCUUGUCGAGCUCAAGGAUGGGGAGACUUUCGAGAAUGACUUCAUUGGUGCCCACGAGACUGACUGUCAAUCCUGGGCACGAGAGCAAAUUGCACUUGACAAGUCGCUCGACGCUGAACUCAUCGCCAUUGCGGACCAGCGUAGCGCCCGCGACAAGACAAUAAUGAUGCAAUUCUUCAACAAAAAGCCCGGCAUCGACUUUCCGCCCUACGGCAUUCUCCCACCCGAGGAGGAAGCAUGGUAUAGCUUCCGGAUUCCCGCCAAGGACGCAUUCACCUUGGUCGCAGCUCUUACAGAGACCGCGCUCGAUGUGGCGUAUCCUGUAUACUUUGGGCGGAAGGAUGAGUUUACUAAUGAGCAGGGAGUGUUUGAGGUGCAUAGAGCAGAUAAUGCAGCUGCUGGGGAACACGAGAGGGUGGCUUGA